CCUCUCCUUGUCUUUGGUAGCUUCUCCUUCUCUUUUCUUUUUUUUGGUGCCAACUUCUUGUCCCAUCCCCUCCCAUCCUUUGUUUGACUUUUUUUUCUAAAAUCUGGGUUUGAGCAAGAUCUGGGUUUGAGCAAGACCUGGGUUCGAGCAAGAUCUAGGUUCAAGCAAAAUGAACAAACCUUGUAGAUCUAGGUUUAAGCAAAAUGAAGAAAACCUCGUAGAUCUGGGUUCGAGCAAGAUGAACCCAGCUGUUGGUGAAUGGCAAACAGAUCCCAUUGAAAAAAAUGAAAUCCUGUGCACAAUCACGAACACAGAGAGCAGAAGUCUUCCAUAUUUAGAUGAUCCGAAAGAUGAUGCUGAUGAUGCUGAGGAUGCUGAUGAUGAUGCUGAGGAUGCUGAUGAUGAUGCUGAGGAUGCUGAUGAUGAUGCUGAGGAUGCUGAGGAUGAGAAAGUGAAUGAAAAUGAGUUUGAGGAUGAGGAUGCUGAUGAUGAUGAAGUGAAUGAAAAUGAGUUUGAGGAUGAGAAAGUGAAUGAAAAUGAGUUUGAGGAUGAGGAUGAUAGGGAUGAGAAUGACUUGAAGUAUUUGAGAAGAAUCAAGUAUUUGAGAAAGAGGAUUAUUUGGAUGAAGUUGGAGGUGAAAUAUCUGGAUCCUUACCUCCGAUCCGUCAAAAAGAUGUAUGCACUUCAAGCUGAGAUCCCAUACUACGUAACAAUUCCUGUUGGACAUCCUACAAAGGAACAUGUGCGGUAUCCUCAGAGAGAGCCAGAAGCUGAAGGUGAAGGUGAAGGUGAAGGUGAAGCUCAAGUGGCAGCUCCGGCUGAAGCAAAACGUACAGUUAAAGCACUGUAUGUUGGUUCCAGUCCACUUGCAACUUCUUGCUCCAACUUGGAAGAAAUGGUGGAGGACAUAGAUGAAGUUUGCGAGUUGAUUAAUAAAAAAGUCAAAGAAUGUAAACAUCAAUUGAAAGAGUUGAUUAAUAAAAAAGUUGAAGAAUGUAAACAACAAUUGAAAAAAUUGAGCGAGAACUCUGAUAUCAAACUCCAAAUGGCCAGGCUUCAGAGAGCUGGUGAAAUCCUUGGUAUAUGUUCCUGCUCCAACAUGGAAGACAUGGAUAUAGAUGAAUUUUGCGAGUUGAUUAAUAUAAAAGUCAAAAACUUGAGCAAGAACUCUGAUAUUGAACCCCAAACCCUCAGGAAACUGUUGAAAUAUUUUGAACAAGAGGAGGCGGUUCAAGAUUUGCAGUCUAUACGUUUUGAGCCUACCUAUUUUAUCAAGGGCCGUAUGAUACCAUGUACUUAUCCUUAUGAGGAGUUGAGUUGUCUGGUUACCAAGCUGAAGGAUAUCGAUAAGGUCACUGUUUUAGCACAAGAUUGGCUGUUAUCUUCAAUGGGAGAAUUUGCGCUUCCAUGGAAAUACUUCAAUGAGGAGAAAUCUGUAUUGAUUGUCCAACAACCUAUUCUCUUCACAUUUGAGGAAUGGUAUCAUGAUUUACUCACAUUUCCAGAUGUAGAACAUUGGUUCUCUUUUCUCAAGCUUCGUUUGUAUCCUCUUCUGAGGUUGUGCACAAAGUGGCUGAAGUGUGCCAUCGAAAAUGAAAUCUGCCAUGGAGAUCUUAUGCAUUAUAUCUAUUUCACAACUGAUUUUGAGCCACAACUUUUGAUUCGAAAAGGUUUUGAUCCAAAGAAAUCAGGCGGUCACUGUGGUUCAUAUAGAGAAGAUUUAAAAACUAUCAGGCACUUUUUGUUUGUGAUUGUUAACAAGAAGCCACUAGAGGACCUAUGGAGGGUUUACAAAUCGGAGGAUUAUGUUUUCAACAAUGAUGUGCCACAUUAUUUGAUUGAUUUUCUUAUGCUAUUGGCUACCUUUGAUGAACAAAAGCACGUUGUGGAUGUUGUUUUUGACCCAUCUUUUUUGUGGAGCAUUGAGAAGAAGCUCAAACAUCUAGAUGAAGCAUUUAUGUAUUUCUUUGACAAGAAAUCAAGACUCGAUAUAAUAAACAAGUAUAAUUGGUGGCCAUGGUUUAAGGAUUUUGACAACCUUCCUGACCGUCAUCGUUUGAAGGAUAUAUUAAAGCGGGCAGGCUCACUGGUAAUCACCCAAUCACGCCAACGAGCAUCCGUGCAUCGGAAUCCAAAAUACGAAGACAAUGCACAGUUGUUGCGUCUAUUUCGCAAUGCCAAGCGUCAUCGUGCUGAAAUGUUUGGACAUGAAUGGACUCAGGAUUUUCUUUUGGAGCAGUUUGAGGACCAUUUCAACAUUCUCUCGAAACUCUCCCAGACAUGUAAUGAAUACGCAAGGAGGUUCCAGAGUGAACAAUUGCACGCAGACUUCCUUGAAAUGUUGGGAUAUGAGUAUUGUCAAAAGCGUUCGUUUCACCACUUAGAGCGACGAAGCAAAGCGAUCAAAGGCACCACUGCUUCAAAAUUUCAGAAGCGCUCUACUUAGAAGCGGUCCCAAAGCAAUUGAAGUGAAGUGAAGUGAAGCGGUAAGAGUGUUCUGACGUUGAAACGAUGCUUAUUUAAAAUGGCAUAAAAUGACAGAAAAGUGUAGAAGCAUUCAGGGUUUAAAUUGGAAUUUUGACUCUAAUUAGGGCAAAAAGGGGAAGCAUAAUUCUAUGUAUUUCCUCUUCGUCUCUCCUUAUCUUUCAAUUCUAUUUCUUGUUGAUAUACUUAUAGUAUUAAGAUCUAUUUAGUCUAGGGACUUCAAUUAAGAAACUUAGGGCCUGUUU